AAACUUCGAAGGAAAACCAUGACAUCUUCUUCCAAAACCCAACUCCUACGCCGCAUCUCGCAGCCAAAACCUAGCCUCGCCGCCAUGGCCUCCUCCGUCCUCCGCUCCGGCCACCGCAUCCUCCUCCGCCGCCACAGCCUCUCCGCAGCCUUCUCCACGGCCGCCGCCGAGGAGCUCAUCGACGUCCGCAAGCUGCCCACCGACUACGACCCCUCCACCUUCGACCCCUCCUCCCCGUCCCGCCCGCCUCCGUCCGACCGCGUGUGGCGCCUCGUCGAGGACGUCUCCUCCCUCACCCUCGCGGAGUCCGCCGCGCUCUCCUCUCUCCUCCUCCGCCGCCUCGACAUCCCCUCCGCUCCCCCCAUCGCCAUCCUCAACUCCGCCGCGGGGCUGGGAGGCGGCGGCGGCGGCGCGGCGUCUGCCGGGCCGGCGGGGGAGAAGGCGGCCGCGGCGGCGGAGAAGACGGUGUUUGAGCUGCGGCUGGAGGCGUUCGACACGGCGAGCAAGAUCAAGGUGAUCAAGGAGAUCCGGACAUUCACUGACCUGGGGCUCAAGGAGGCCAAGGAGCUGGUGGAGAAAGCGCCGGCGGUGAUCAAGGGCGGCGUAUCGAAGGAGGAGGCUCAGGCCAUCGUCGAGCGGAUGAAGGCGGUCGGUGCCAAGGUCGUCAUGGACUGAUCGGAGCAUGUGUUUUUUAUGGUGUUUUAGACAAUCUUAACCGCGUGCUAUUCAUGGUCGAUGGCUCCGUUUGCUUCUCAAUUCUCAUGGUUGGUGGCUGCACGCAGUUUGGCUCCACACUGUUAACUCAAAUUUUUAGCCUGGACGGUCUUCAACUAUUUAUGCCAUCAUGUGUUUCCUCCUAUUCUGUUGAUGACUAGCCUCCCACUAACAGGAAAUGUGGAAUAAAUUAUUUUGAAAAUUGAGAUCGACAGCACGCACAGUUGAAGUAUUACAGCAUGUGUAGUGCUACAUUUGGUUGUCUUCAAUGUUUGUGUAUGCCUGUACUGUUUUUGGUUGAUGUCAUGAGUCAUGAACGUAGCUGAGCUAUGUCUGGACUCUUCAUCCCCUCAAUUUGUGCAAAGGUAUGACCAUAUGAAUUGGUGCCCCAUGUAACCGAUGAUUGUUGUGGCUCCCGACUUA